UUUGUGAAACUCUAUAUGACGUCAUAAAAGACGUUGGCGGAAUUCCUGAAGCCCUCCAGUAUCCCAGCAUUCAAUGCGCCCUUGCAGCGCAUAUUGUUGACAAAGAAAAAGGAAACGGGGUGGGAUUUGAAAUAAAUAUCGGUAAACGGGAGUGAGAGGUGAACGUCAUGCUGCCAAAGAGCUGAACUGGCUUCAUUUAGAACUGGAUCUCUGCACCGUUACAGCCCGGAGAGGGAGUGGGAAUACGAUAAAGGGAGGAGGAAGUGAGCUCAGCUUGAGCCAAUGCAGAAGCAGAGUCGGCAGCCUGACCUAGUGGAGGGAAGCCUUCCAGUGUUUGUGUUCCCCACUGAGCUGGUGUUCUACGCAGAUGAGCAGGCUUCACAUAAGCAGGUGCUCACCCUCUACAACCCUUAUGAGUUUGCUCUUAAAUUCAAAGUUCUGUGCACAGCUCCAAACAAGUAUGCUGUGGUGGAUGCCACUGGUGCUGUUAAACCGCAAUGUUGCGUGGAUAUCGUGAUCCGCCAUAGGGACGUGCGGGCCUGUCAUUAUGGUGUGAUUGAUAAGUUCCGGCUGCAGGUGUCUGAGCAGAGUCAGAGGAAGGCACUGGGCAGGAAGGAAGUAAUGGCCACUCUGCUGCCCUCCGCCGCUCAAGAGCAGCCCCAGGUCCGGCCCCAGGAGGAGGAGCGCAGGAUGAAGGAGCAGCUUGCCGACAGAGUGUUCUUUGAGCAGACUGCAUUCCAGACAGAGAGCCGUACAGCAUCUGGGGGUCCCAGCCUCCUUACUGUCCUUUUAGGCCUGGUGUGUAUGGCAGCCCUCAUGCUCCCAACUCUGGGAGAGCAGGAAUCCACAGUGCCUGUCUACCUCCACUUAAGUGUUAACAAGAAACUCGUAGCUGCUUAUGUUUUAGGUCUUCUUACAAUGGUUAUUCUGCGCACUUGAAGUGCUCUUGGAAACAAUCUUGCCGAAAGGAACUAUUAAGAUGAUGAGGGGAGAUAUGGACAUUAACAGCCAGGAGGGUUGUGAGGAUGGAGGGAGUACGUCUGGGAAACUCCCUAUAAACAGGAACUAACUU